CCCAGGACUUGCUAGUGAGUUGCAUGGGACAUCUGUCCCCAUACUGGCCAAGCACCAUGGAGAAAAUCAGCUCCUUCUUCAGCUCUCUCUGGGAGACCAUCAUGACCAAACAUGAAGAGGGCAUCUUCAACACCAUCUGCCUGGCUGUCCUCCUGGGGCUGCCCUUACUGAUGAUCCUCACCCUCUUCUUCAUCUGCUGCCACUGCUGCUGGAGCCGAGCAGGCAAGAACCGCCACCAGCCAGAACGACACAAUAAAAAGAAGAAGAGGGAUGAGGAAGACCUCUGGAUCUCUGCUCAGCCCAAGCUUCUCCAAAUGGAGAAGAGGCCAUCACUGCCUGUCUAUUAGCAAGUACAGGUGCCUCCCUCCAGGGCCAAAUCUCCUUCCAACCACACAGAGACUGGAGAGAAGGAAUCCUUGAGAUGAUGCACUCAUGUCCACAGAACUGCUCAAGCCAGGAACACAUCUCAGACUGAGUGUCCCAGUGGAAGACUCUCCCAGGGGAGCACAUGGACAGUUCUUGCACCGCCUUGGCAGCUACGUGUCCAAUAACAAUGCUUCGCUACAGAACUGGACGUCUCUGGCAUACCUUAUAAAUAAAAGCUCAAAGAACAUUCAUCCUGA